AUGGCACCCAAAAGUUCGCCCAACUCGACGUUCCAAAAUCGUGAAAAACCGCAAGAAGUUCGCAAGGCCAACAUCAUUGCCGCACGCGCGGUAGCAGACGCAAUUCGCACGUCUUUGGGACCCAAAGGCAUGGAUAAAAUGAUUAAGACAUCCCGCGGAGAGGUGAUUAUCUCCAACGAUGGCCACACCAUCCUGAAACAAAUGGCCAUCUUGCAUCCUGUGGCGAAAAUGCUGGUGGAAGUUUCGGCUGCUCAGGACACAGAGGCAGGCGACGGUACGACUUCGGUGGUGAUUCUGACCGGUGCAUUGCUGGGGGCCGCCGAAAAACUGCUCAGCAAGGGUGUUCACCCAACAAUCAUUGCAGAAUCGUUCCAGACAGCCGCCAAAAGAUGCGUGGAGAUUUUGCUGGAGAUGUCCCAAAAGAUCUCGCUUUCGGACAAACAAGCAUUGGUUCGUGCAGCAGCGACAUCCCUAAGCUCGAAGAUCGUGUCACAGCAUUCGUCUUUCCUGGCACCACUUGCAGUGGACUGUGUGUUGAGUAUCACCAAUGAUGCAAGCACUAACGUCGAUUUAUCCGAUAUACGUUUGAUCAAAAAGGUUGGAGGCACCAUAGACGACACAGAGAUGGUCGACGGUGUGGUGCUCACUCAAAACGUGGUGAAAACUGCCGGCGGUCCCACCAGAAUCGAGAAAGCCCGCAUAGGUCUUGUGCAAUUCCAAAUCUCUCCUCCUAAACCAGACACCGAAAACAACAUCGUGGUCAACGACUAUAGACAGAUGGAUAAGAUCCUAAAAGAAGAACGUGCAUACCUGUUAAACAUUUGCAAAAAGAUUAAAAAGGCCAAGUGUAACGUCUUACUGAUUCAGAAAUCCAUUUUGAGAGAUGCCGUCAACGAUCUCGCCCUUCAUUUCCUAUCCAAAUUGGGAAUUUUGGUCAUCAAAGAUGUGGAAAGAGACGAAAUAGAAUUUUUGUCAAAGAGUCUAAACUGCAAGCCUAUUUCGGACCCAGAAUUUUUCAGCGAGGACCGUCUUGGCUCAGCUGACCUUGUGGAGGAAAUCGACAGCGAUGGGUCGAAGAUCGUAAAAAUCACGGGCGUCAAAUCUACUACUACUAGUCCAACAGUGUCCGUAGUUAUUCGUGGUGCUAACAAUGUUAUAUUGGAUGAAACCGAGAGAUCUCUGCACGAUGCAUUGUGCGUGAUUCGCUGUUUGGUCAAGGAAAGAGCAUUGAUUGCAGGUGGUGGUGCGCCCGAAAUUGAGGCAUCGCGUACUUUAACAAGAGAGGCAAGAGCUCUCCAAGGCGUGGAAGCCUUCGUGUGGCAAGAAUUUGCCUCUGCACUUGAAGUCAUUCCCACAACGCUGGCUGAAAAUGCCGGUCUCCACAGCAUCAAAGUUGUUACUGAACUCCGCACGCUGCAUGAAAACGGUGAAAAAAAUGCCGGCAUUUCCAUUCGCAGAUCGGGCACUACGAACACUUUUGACGAGCAUGUCUUACAACCGGUUCUGGUAAGCACAAGUGCAAUCACUUUGGCAUCGGAAUGUGUCAAAUCUAUACUAAGAAUCGACGACAUUACCUUCAGCCGUUGA